AUGGUGUUGCAGGCAACAGGUACCUACCAACUAGAGAUACCAGGAAAAGAAGGGGAAGAAGAUGAGGAAGAGGAGGAGCAAUUGGUUAUGGUGGAAUUAUCAGGAAUUAUAGAUUUAGAGUUUUUAACAAGAUGGGGAAACAAAUGCAAGAUUUUGGGCAUUGACACAGAGAGACCUAUUCUUCAAGUGGACAGCUAUGUCUUUGCUGGGGAAUAUGAAGGUACUCUUGGGACCUGUGUUGUGUUUGAAGAAAAUACAGAUCAGGUCGAUGCAUAUGUUAACUAUAAAACAGAGCUGAAAUAUAAGUGCCACACAAUGAAGAAGCUGAGUAUGAUGAGAAUACUUCUGACUGAGAAGGAGGGAGAAGAAAACAUAGGUGGUGUAGAAUGGCUGCAGAUCAAGGACAAUGACUUUUCAUAUAGACCCAUCAUGAUUUGUAGCUGUGCACAUCAGAAGGAAGAUGAGGAAGUUGCAGCUCAAGCCCCAGACAAAACUUUGGAAGUGGAAGAGCAGGAGAUCCAAGCCAAAGAGAACACUGGCAUGGGCAGUGAACUGGAAAAAGCAGACCACUUGGAAAUGGAAUAUGCUGGUCCUCUUCUUGAUAGCCCUUCUUCUGAGACAGAAGAUUCUACUUCUAUGGAAACUCAGGAGCCUGCCUUAGAAGCCACUCCUAGGUAA